UUUGACUGUCAAUGCUCCAUACUGCGACAACUGAAAUCAAUAUCUCCCUUUAUCUUUUUCCUUCCUAACUGCUGUCUGCCGCACUCUCAUUUUCAACUAUUUUCUUCUCUUCUCCAUUUCACACUUGCUCUUCUCUUCUCCAUUUCACACCCAAAUCUACCCGUUUCUUCUCUGCUAGCUUUUACUUCCUCAGAUAGAGAAAGUUGCUUGCAAUGGCGGUCAGUUCUUCCAGAGGUACAACGACAGAGUUUGGGGUUGUUUCAAGGAAAUGGAAAGAGAGAGAUAUAAGCCCUGAAAGGCACAAAAUCUGGAUUGCACCCAAGUCUCACCCCACCACCACCAACAGCUCUGAAAAGAAAGUUUCUGUUGUUUACUAUUUGUCUAGAAAUGGUCAGCUUGAACACCCACAUUUCAUGGAAGUUCCUCUCUCUUCUCAUCAUGGCCUUUAUCUCAAAGAUGUAAUCAACCGCCUAAACCUCCUUCGAGGCAAAGGCAUGGCUAGCCUAUACUCCUGGUCCUGCAAACGGAGUUACAAAAACGGCUUCGUUUGGCACGACUUAGCGGAGAACGAUUUUAUUUACCCAUCUCACGGCCAAGAAUACGUUCUCAAAGGAUCGGAGGUUCUGGACCAUUCGAUAAACACGAAAUCCUUGGAAGUAAAGUCGUCUUCUUUUCGGCUAACAAAACCGUUGGAGAGUCAAAAAUCCGAGAACGGUCAUGAUUUCCCGUCAAUCAGACGGCGGAGGAAUCAGUCUUGGACUUCCAUUGAUCUCAACGAAUACAGAGUUUAUAAGGCCGAGUCUAGUUCCGAUUCAGCACGGAGACUCGCUGCUGAUGCGUCGACUCAGACUGAUGAUAAGAGGAGAAGUGGAAAGGCGAUGGUUAAGCAAACGGAGAUUGAGGAAGUGCAAAGUGAAAGUCAAGAGUUGGAGCAGAAUCAAACUUCGGAGCUGAACAGGGAAGAGAUUUCACCCCCGCCAUCGGAUUCGAGUCCGGAGACGCUCGAAACCUUGAUGAAAGCUGAUGGACGGCUGAGAUUGUGCAAUGGGGGUAACGACGAUAACUUGAAUAAGACUGCUGAGGGUUGCCAAAGUGGUAGAAUAAAGGCGCCGUCUGUUUUGAUGCAGUUGAUAUCCUGCGGUUCCAUCUCGUUCAAGGAUUGUGGACCAAGUUCGGAGAGGGAUCAAGGGUUCUCGUUGAUUGGGCACUAUAAAUCAAGGUUACCUCGUGGAGCAGGUGGGGAUUGUAACCAGGUGGGAAAAGAUGCAGGGAUUGAAAGGGAUAUUGGGAGCUUCUCAAGGGUAAGAUUGGAAGAUAAAGAGUACUUCAGUGGGAGCUUGAUUGAGACCAAGAAAGUUGAAGUUCCUGCCUUCAAGAGAUCUUCUUCGUACAAUGCUGAUAGGAGUUCGCAGUUGCAGUUGGAAGAAAAGGAGAUGGAUGGCGUGCGUGCUAAGUGCAUACCAAGGAAGUCGAAAACUGUGGCAACGAAGAAAGAGGGCAAUAUGAACGGAGAUAUAUGUGGCGAUAAUGGAAGCAAAAGGCAUGAAGUGUAGGGUCAGCAUUGUGCAUUGAUGAUUGGAUUUGGUAUGUGAAUUGUAGUAGUUUGGCAACAAGAAAGAGAGAGAAAGAAGUGAAUGAGAAUGGAGAAAUAUUACAAGGCAAAGUAAGCUAAGCUUGCAAUGUAUUGCAAGGCACGGCACGGUGAAAGUCCCCACAAUGAGAGGGACAAUAGGGUUGGGAAUCUUGUAAAGGCUCCUUUUUGUUGAAAGGGUGUAAAAAUUUUGUCCAUUUCAGUUUGGAAAGUUUGAACUAAGGUCAAAUUUUGGUGCCUUGAUUUUUGUGGGUGGUUUUAGCUGACUGGGUUAAGCUUGUGUUAAUUUCAAUGUAUUGGCACUAACCUCUAGUAAUUUUAGGGUCUUAUGACUAUAAGUUGGUUUGACUUUUGAAAACAUGGGAAAUGGAAUUUCAUCCUAGAGAUUGUCACC